ACACGUUGGUUAGCUCAGCGUGCACAUUUUUUUUUUUUAAACGACUGAAAAUGAGGAUUAGUGCGGCUCGUUUGGCGCUCUGGAUUUUUUUGUGGGUUCCCAUCAGCAAAGGUGACAAAGAUGUUUGGUGUCGUCUCAAUGAGAGCUGCCUUUUACCGGCAAACUCUACUGCUUUAGACGACAUGAUCAUAGACUGGUUCAAGAUGUCGCCAGAGGAGAUUUUUGUUCAUUCAUACUCCAACAAUCAGGACAAUCCGGAACUCCAGGACAAACAGUUUGAGAACAGGACUUCACUGUUCAAGGAGCACAUUAAAGAUGGGAAUUUUACCCUCUUGUUGAAGAACGUGGUUAUUGCUGAUGAGGGAAGGUACAAGUUGCACGUAAAAAACAAAAGUAGUAAUCAUAUGUCAUUCAUCAAGCUCCAUGUAGAAGCUGCGGUCACCACAAUCAACAUCCAGCAAGAUGGCAACAAUCUGACGUGCAGCUCAAGCGGAAUCUACCCCAAGCCUCAACUCACCUGGUCCACCGAGCCUUUGCUUCCUCACGCCCUCCAGAACGCCACGAAAGUGGACAACGGCACAGGGGAGACACUUUACAGCAUCAGCGGCUGGCUGGUCGUGGCGGGGGACAACACUUCUCAGGUGGACUACAUCUGCGACGUUAGAAGCCACAGCAGCAGGAGGCUCACCUGGAAGAACGGAUCGACUGUCAGCGUUUCUGGAUCAGAGACCGUCAUCAACUGUCCCUUCUUGACUGGUGAAAGGAGCGUCGUCUGGACGUUCAACAAUCGUACCAUCGUGAAGAUGAGCAACAGCACUACAAACAUCAGUGAGGAGUGGGAAGAGCAGGUGAAGGAGGAGUCCACUUCAGGCAGCCUCAGUCUGCACAGUCUGUCCAUCAACCAUGAGGGAAGGUACACGUGCCAGGUGGACAACGCCAGGGAAACACGCGUGAUCGCCUUCUUCUUGAGGAUGGCGGGCGGUAAGGUCAUGCUGGAAGAUAAAUGCUAAUACCAUCAUAUGAUA